CCGACUCACAUUCCGAGUUUCCAACAAUUUUCCGUUCGAAUUCACUUACCUAUGCAGUUCUGUAGUACUAUAGGUAAUAUAAAUCAGUGACGAUAUUUGGGAUUAGGGUUAAUUCGACCGUCGCGACUCUCGAUUGAUUUCCGGAAAUUGUCCUUUCCCGGUAAAUGAUGAGCACUUUAACGUCGUUCGACGAAACUGAAGGACCAGAUGGAACCCACAAGAGUGAAAAUGUCCAAGAUAGAAUUCCAUCGCUCAAGGAAGUCUAUAGUGAACAGAGUCCUCUUGUUGACAAAACACUAUAUCAAACUAUAAAUUUGCCUCAAAACAUAUCGUUUGGCUGUAAAAAUAAACAAUACAGGACUCAAUAUUUAGCCACAUUGAUCGUAACUAUUGGCGGGUUCAUUAUGGGCACAACACUUGGUUGGACGUCUCCAGCUGGCCCAAUGAUGGCACACGGCCAAUAUGGAUUCCCCAUUACUGAUGACGACAUUUCAUGGAUUGCGUCGUGCAUGCCACUUGGUGCUAUGCUUGGAUGUCCGUUUAUGGGUGGUCUAGUGAACAAAUUGGGACGUAAAAGUCUGAUGAUAAUGUUAACUAUUCCCGCACUCUUAGGAUGGGCGAUGAUAAUCUGGGCUGAUUCUGUAACAAUGAUCUGUAUCGGUAGACUUUUUAAUGGAUUUGCAAGUGGUUCAUACUCUGUGAUUGUACCACAAUAUACCGCUGAAAUAGCUGAUAAAGAAAUUCGUGGUACUUUGGGAACUUAUUUUCAGUUACAAGUUUUUUCAGGUAUCUUGUUUACCUAUGUCAUUGGAUCAUAUUUAGAUGUAUUUGGUCUAUCUAUUGCUUGUGCAAUAGUUCCAGCGGUCUAUUUUUGUUUGAUGUUUUUAGUACCAGAAAGUCCAAUUUUCUACCUAACAAAAGGAAAUAUUAUAAAAGCUCGAUGGUCGUUAAAAUAUUUCCGUAGACCUUUUGGUCAGGUGGAUCAAGAAUUAAUUACAAUGCAAGAUUCUUUGGCUAAAACUGAAAGAGAAAAAGUUCCAAUCAUGAAAGCAUUCCAAACUACACCAGCCAAGCGCGGACUAUUCUUAGGCCUUGGGGUUAUGGUUUUUAUGCAGUUUACAGGAUGUAACACUGUUAUUUUCUACACCACAACUAUCUUCAAUGCAUCUGGUAGCACAAUAAGCUCAAAUGUAUCCACAGUUAUUGUAGGUAUUAUGGCAGUUUUGUCUACGUAUGUGUCAACACUUGUUGUUGAUAAACUAGGACGAAAGAUUCUGCUUUUGUAUUCUGUUAUUGCAAUGGGCAUUUGUACAUUUCUCAUUGGUGGAUUUUUCUACGCAAAGGAUUCCAAUUAUGACGUCUCAUCAAUUGGAUUUAUCCCAUUAUUGUCGUUGUGUGUAUUCAUAGUAUUAUUCUCCAUCGGUUUUGGUCCGAUCCCAUGGAUGUUGAUGGGUGAAAUAUUUCCACCUCAAAUUAAAGGUAUCGCUAGCUCAAUAGUGUGUAUGGCAAACUGGUUCUUUGUAUUCUUGGCUACCAAAUUUUUCUCGUUAUUGGUAUCUACUAUUUACUUAUACAACACAUUCUGGCUCUACACGCUGGUCAGUGUGUUGGGCACAUUUUUUGUGGUAUUUAUUGUUCCUGAAACUAAGGGCAAGACGAUGGAAGAAAUUCAGUUGUUGCUUGGUGCAUAACCUACACUGUUAUCAACAGAAAACAACGAAUGUAAACAAUUUCCAGAAUCUUAAACCUUUAGCUGAAAUUGUAAUCUAUUUAUUUUGUCUUUGAAGUUAUUAUAUUUUUUUGGUUUUAUAAGCUUCUUAAAAGUUACCUUAUGUUUGAUAAAAACUUUUAUAAAUUAAAAAUAUAUCUUACUAUUGUUUAAAUUUAAUAUUCUAUUCAACGUUUUGAAGUAUAAUAUCUACUUAAGAUUCAUAUCAUAAUAAAAUGUUUACGAUAUGUUGAAUUAUUAAAAAUUUUUAACCUUUUUUAAA